UCCGGGAGCGUGGAAACGGGAACGGCACCGGCCACAGGAUGUGUGACAGGAACGGCGGGCGGCGGCUGCGGCAGUGGCUGAUCGAGCAGAUCGACAGCGAGCUCUACGCGGGGCUCAUCUGGGAGAACGAGGACAAGUCCAUGUUCCGCAUCCCCUGGAAGCACGCCGGCAAGCAGGACUACAACCAGGAGGUGGAUGCUUCUAUUUUCAAGGCCUGGGCUGUUUUCAAAGGCAAGUUCAAGGAGGGUGACAAAGCCGAGCCGGCCACCUGGAAGACGCGGCUCCGCUGCGCCCUGAACAAGAGCCCUGACUUUGAGGAGGUGACAGACAGGUCCCAGCUGGACAUCUCCGAGCCCUACAAGGUCUACAGGAUCGUGCCAGAGGAGGAGCAGAAGUGCAAAGCCGGGGUGGCCAACGGGAGCAGCCUGAAUGAUGUCACCGAGAUGGACUGCAGCUCCUCUGCCAUCGAUGACCUCAUCAAAGAGCCCUCCUGUGUGGAUGAGUACCUGGGCAUCAUCAAGAGGAGCCCCUCACCCCCCCAGGAGACCUGCAGGAACCCCCCAAUACCCGACUGGUGGGUGCAGCAGCCCAGCCCUGCGUUGCCCCUGAUGAAUGGGUACUCCAGCUACGAGCAGUAUCACUCAGGUUAUUCCCAGAUGGUGAUCAGCUUCUACUACAGCGGGAGGCUGGUGGGCCACGUCAGCACCUCGUGCUCUGAGGGCUGCAGGAUCUCCCUGGGCCAGCCCUCGGGCCACGGGGAGAAGCUCUACGCCCCCGACGCCCUGGAGCACGUGCGGUUCCCCUCGGCCGACGCCAUCCAGAACGACCGCCAGAAGCAGAUCACCAGGAAGCUCUUUGGGCACCUGGAGAGGGGGGUCCUCCUGCACAGCAACAAGCAGGGCAUCUUCAUCAAGAGGCUGUGCCAGGGCAGGGUCUUCUGGAGUGGCAACACCAUGGCUUACAAGGACAGGCCCAACAAACUGGACCGGGAGGACGUGGUGAAGAUCUUUGACACCAACUUGUUCUUCCGAGAGCUGCAGCAGUACUACAACAACCAGGGCCGCUUCCCAGACAGCAGGGUCAUGCUGUGCUUCGGGGAGGAGUUCCCAGAUGCGGUGCCCCUGAGGUGUAAACUCAUCCUUGUCCAGGUGGAGCAGCUGUACCUGAGGCAGGUGGUGGACGAGGCUGGGAAGAGCUGCAGCUCCAGCCCCAUGCUGCCCGUGGCUGAGGAGCCCCAGCACGACCAGGGCUACCGGAUCUUCCAGGACAUCUGCACCACGCGGCCGCUCUUCCGAGAGAACCAGCAGAUCGCAGUCUGAGCCUGCUGCCCCCACAGCCUGCUGCUCUGGCCUGUCCACACCCGCUCAGUCCCACGAGUGCCUAAGUGUCCUAAAAAAGUGACACUAUCAAGUGUUCUUAUUUUUUUCUUAUUUUUUUUCUUA